AUGAUGUCGUUCACCGCACUGAGCGAAAAAACUACGGAGGCUUUGCCCAGCAAGGAUGGUGUGAUUUCUUUGACCAACCUUGCAGACGAGUUGGGGUCGAUGAGUUUGGAUGACUUGGUGUCCAAUGGUGGUUCCUAUAUCGUUUUGCGAGAAGGCGAAGCCCUGCUCAUCCCACCCGGUUUCUUCUUUUUUCAAUGUGGCCUCGGGUACAUGAAUGCGCCGAAGACUUUCUACAAGGCUUUCGCUGCCGUGCCCAAGCCCUUCGUGCAUGAAAAAGACGUGCUGCAGACUGUGGAGGAUCAGUUUGAGGUUGCUCACCACCAUGCGGCGGGCGUCAAGAAGAUUGUAGCGGCGAUAAGCAGCUUCCACACCACGGCCGGAAGGGGCACCGUCGCCCGCGACCGAACCCAAGCUGACGGCGCAGAUUUGGAGUGGGAAAUCUCCCGGGCCAAGAAGCACGAACUUUUCCCCCAGUACGUGGCCUCUCUACAGGGCGAUGUGGAGGAUGAUUGGGAGUUUGGCGACAUGGAGGGCGACGCUUUGGCCGACAUCGAGCACUUUUGUGAGUGGCUGCAGAAGAGGCAGUCGAGUGCCACGCAGGUCGCCGACAAGGAGGCGAUCAAGAGCACUGAGGCCAAUGCCGACGAAGGGACAGAGGCUGCGGACAAGCAGGAGAUCCACGACACUGUGGCCAUUGCCGACGCAGGGACCGAGGCUGCGGACAGGCAGGAGAUCCACGACGCUGUGGCCAAUGCCACGGAUGGGACAGAGGCUGCGGACAAGCGUGAGAUCGACAACACUGUGGCCAACGCCGCGGAUGAAAGGGCAGAU